GAAAUCUCCCACUCAGAAUCCGAAGAAUAGCAGAAAUGGAGGGAAGGAUGACUAUCGUUCCUUUCAUCUCCUUCGUUCUCUUUCUCUUUUUUGGCCUUUGUCUUCUCCCGUCUGCGAUCUCUUCUUCUUCUUCUAACCAAUCUGGAUCGGAGUCGGAGACCUUCAUCAUCCACGUUUCGUCAUCAGAGAAACCGCCGCUGUUCACAACCCACCAUCACUGGUACGCCUCAAUUCUCCGAUCUCUCCCUCACUCACCUCACCCUUCUCAAAUCAUCUAUACUUAUAAUCACGCCGCCUCCGGCUUCUCUGUCCGCCUCACCCACUCUCAAGCAGCCCAGGUUCGCCGCUUUCCAGGCGUCCUCUCCGUCAUCCCCGACCGGAUCCGCCACCUCCACACCACCCACACCCCUAAAUUCCUCGGCCUCGUCGAUGCUUCCGGUAUCUGGCCCAAUUCCGAUUACGCCGACGAUGUUGUCAUUGGCGUCCUUGAUACGGGAAUCUGGCCUGAGCGGCCCAGCUUUUCCGAUUCCGGGUUGUCAAUUGUACCAUCCACUUUUAAGGGCAUCUGCGAAACUGGGCCUGAUUUCCCGGCUUGUAGCAGGAAGAUCAUAGGUGCCAGAGCUUUCUAUAAAGGGUACGAGGCUGCCAUGGGAAGGCCAAUUAAUGAGUCCCUCGAAUCCAAGUCUCCCAGGGACACAGAAGGUCACGGCACCCAUACCUCAUCUACGGCCGCUGGAUCUGCCGUUGAAAAUGCUGGUUUAUUCAAAUACGCCGUCGGAGAAGCGAGAGGGAUGGCCACGAAAGCGAGAAUUGCCGCCUACAAGAUCUGCUGGAGCGUAGGUUGCUUCGACUCCGAUAUACUCGCCGCCAUGGACCAAGCUGUUGCCGACGGUGUCGAUGUUAUCUCUCUGUCCGUCGGAGCCGGUGGCUAUGCCCCUCGUUACGACCAUGAUUCGAUUGCGAUCGGAGCCUUCGGAGCCGCCCAGAAAGGAGUGCUUGUGUCCUGCUCGGCUGGGAACUCUGGACCUGGUCCUUCCACUGCUGUCAACAUCGCCCCCUGGAUUCUCACCGUCGGUGCCUCUACCAUAGAUAGGGAAUUCCCUGCGGAUGUGGUCCUCGGUGAUGGAAGAGUCUUCGGCGGAGUCUCUCUUUACUCUGGCGAUCCGCUCGACGGACAGAAUUACCCCCUUGUCUACGCUGCCGACUGCGGUAGCAGGUAUUGCUACUCCGGGGAUCUGGAUUCCUCCAAAGUAGCUGGGAAGAUUGUUAUCUGCGAUCGCGGCGGUAACGCGAGAGUGGAGAAAGGGAGUGCAGUCAAGACCGCCGGCGGAAUCGGGUUGAUAAUGGCGAACACCGCCGAGAGUGGGGAGGAGCUCAUCGCCGACUCUCAUCUCAUCCCUGCGACCAUGGUUGGUCAAAGCGCAGCUGACAAGAUCCGUGAAUACGCCCGAUCGAAUCCAUCGCCGACGGCCACCAUUGUCUCCCGGGGAACGAUGAUAGGAUCCUCACCCGCUGCUCCCAAAGUCGCUGCCUUCUCGAGUCGUGGUCCCAACCACCAGACGCCGGAAAUUCUCAAACCGGAUGUGAUAGCUCCCGGCGUCAACAUCCUAGCCGGUUGGACCGGCGCAGUUGGUCCGACCGAUCUGGAAUUCGACCCUAGGCGUGUGGAUUUCAAUAUCAUCUCUGGUACCUCCAUGUCCUGUCCUCACGUUAGCGGGUUAGCGGCUUUGCUCCGGAAGGCCCACCCGGCAUGGAGCCCAGCUGCCGUGAAAUCUGCCCUCAUGACCACAGCUUACAAUCUCGACAACGCCGGCCAGAACAUCAAAGAUCUUGCGAACGGCGGGGAAUCCACACCGUUCGUCCAUGGUGCAGGCCACGUUGACCCAAACAGAGCCUUAAAUCCAGGUUUGGUGUAUGACAUGGGUGUAAAUGAUUACGUGGCAUUCCUUUGUGCCGUUGGAUUCAAUUCAAAGCAGAUAGCGAUCUUCGUUAGGGACCAAUCUCCUGUGGACUGUGCUUCGUACUCACCGAGCUUGGGUAGUCCCGGAGAUCUCAACUACCCAUCCUUCUCUGUCGUUUUCAAACCAGGAAGUGACGUGGUUAGUUAUAGUAGGGUAGUUACAAACGUUGGGAGUUCGUUGGAUGUGGUAUACGAGGCUAAGGUAUGGGGUCCAUCGACAGUUAAGAUUACAGUUUCGCCGAGUAAGCUAGUGUUCAGUGCGGCAAAUCAGAGCUUGGGAUAUAGUAUCACAUUCUCCUCCUCCGCCAGCUCGAUCAAUGAUCAGACGGCUGCAAUGUCAGCGGCUUUUGGUGGGAUUGAGUGGAGUGACGGGACCCACAGAGUGACAAGCCCAAUCGCAAUCAGAUGGAGUCAGAGCUACGACUACGAUAUCUCAUCUUAUCUGUCCAAUAGUAAUGUGGAAGCAGGGAAAUCUGGGCUCUAAUUAUUUGGUUUUCUAGAGGAUGAAGCAGCUGCUUUAUCAAGUAGAGAAUAUCGAUUGUCUAUUGUUUAU